GAGGGAGUGAUAUUUUUAGGGGAGGAUUCUUUGGAAAAGUAUAAAAGCUGAGGAGUUUACUUGUGUCUUUGUACAGCAUCAGCAGACCUUCUUCUGGGCAAUCGAACACUUACCGAUUUCGUCAGUCACAGCUAUAGACUAUUCAUCAUGAAGGUGAUCGCUACCAUUCUGUGCCUUGUCGCUGCAGCCAAUGCUGCUGCUGUGCUACCAGUGGAAACUUCUGUGGUCAAGUCUGAUCGUGUGGGAGAUAGCUUCUCAUAUAGCAUUCUCCAGAAUCAGGGUUAUGCUUUGGGCGAUCUUGCAGCUGUCUAUCCAUAUGAGAUUAAGAGCGACAAGAUGAAACAAGUCGUCCCUGCCACUGCCUAUGCUGCCCCUGUGGAGGUAAAAUCCACUGAUUACAAACAUGUCCUCCCUGUGGCCCCACUGGAUGAAUACAAGCAUAUAUUUCCUGUGUCUCCCAUCCAGAUGAAAUCCACUGUUCUUUCUCCUGCCACUUACCUGUCAGCUGAGCCAAUCAAGAAUAUCGAGCUCAAUCGCUAUGUGCAGCCCACUUAUGUUUCUCCACUUAAGAACUUUGAGGUUAGGAGCUAUGUCCAACCUGCGACCACCGUUGUUGCUGCUUCACCUCUUAAGAAUGUUGGCUAUGUUCAGCCUUCUCCUGCUUUCGGCUACACUCAUGAUGCCGCUGUACCCAUCAGUUAUGGUGCUAGUUUUUACCCCUAUGCCACUUAUUCCUAUCCUCUCGUUAAGCCUGAGAAGGUUUAUUAAAAAGGUUUUUUAUUGAAUCCUAUAGUACCCCAAUCUUCUGUCCUUUCCUUUUAUUCUCUCAUAAUUCCAGUCAUUUGUCUGAGUGAUAUUGAUGACCCUGGCUACGACUAAGUAAAUGAUGAAUGCAUGGGAUGUGUCGUUUUUGUAGCAAAACAUAUAAAAUUAUAAAAUAGGUGUUUUAUCACCAA